GGGCCCCAGAACAGUGACCUGAAGAGGCAGUGUCUGCUGGAGCGGCUGCUGGACGCCGUGAAGCAGUGCCAGAUCCGCUUUGGAGGGAGAAAGGAGAUCGCCUCGGACGCUGACAGCAGGGUGACCUGCCUGUGUGCCCAGUUCGAGGCUGUCCUGCAGCACGGCUUGAAGAGGACGCGGGGCCUGGCCCUCACGGCCGCCGCCCUCAGACAGGCUGCGGGCCUGUCCAGCAAGACCGAAACAGAGCCCGUGUUCUGGUUCCACGUGAAGGAGCUCCUCAGCAAGCACGAGCUGCAGCGCUUCGCGUCCCUGCGCCACAUCGCCUCGGACGCCGGCCGGGGCCGCGCCUGGCUACGCUGCGCCCUCAACGAGCACUCGCUGGAGCGCUACCUGCACAUGCUGCUGGCGGACCGCGGCCGCCUCGGCACUUUCUACGAAGACUGGUCCUUCGUGAUGGACGAGGAGCGGGCCAGCAUGCUGCCCACCAUGGCGGCCGGCCUCAACUCCAUCCUCUUCGCCAUCAACAUCGACAACACGGACCUCAACGGGCAGAGCAGGCUGGCGCCCAGCGUCUCGGACCUGCUCCGGGAGUCCACGCAGAACGUCAGCGCCCUGCUGAAGGGCCCCACGCAGGGCGUGAGCAGCCUGCUGCGGGAGAUCACCGCCUCGGCGCCCGUGGCCAUCCUCAUCCGGCCUGACCAGGACUCCGAGCCACUCCCCGUCGUGACCCGGAGCCUCAAUGCCGAUGCCAAAGGCAGAAAGGAGCGGAAGAAGAAAAAGAAAGUGACCAACAUCAUCUCAUUCGAUGACGACGAGGAGGAGCCGCCGGGAGAUGCACCGAAGAAGCCGCUGGGGGCCGGGGAGGGCUCGGAGGAGAACUCGGACCGUUCCUCCCUCAACGUCUCUUCGGCCUUCGAGAGCCCCUUCGGGCCUCCCUCCACCGGCAGCCGCAGCAGCAGCUCCUGGAAAAUGGACUCGCUGUCUCUCAACGGGGACUCGGGCUUCCCCAGGCUCGACGUGAAGAGCAUCGACGACGAGGACGUGGAUGAGCCCGAGGACCGCGUGUUCGGGACCCCUGCGGUCAGGAAGUGUGUCAGCCCCUCGGGGUCUCCGGAGAAGCUGGACGGGACCCCCGACCUGGCCCCGCUGCAUGGCUGGGCCCCGCUGCAGAUGCUCCACGGAGACGCCGGCGUCCUCUUUCCAGUUGGCAGCUCUGGCUCCUAUAGCCCUGCAGACGCGGCCCUUGGGAGCCUGGACAACGGCGCGGAGCCCGCGGACCCCGAGCCGGGGCCUCGGCGCGGCGUGGAUGCCAGCCCCCCGGGCCCGGGAUGCCCACCGAGCUGCCUACUGCCGCCCGCCGCUGCGCCUGAGACCAUGACCAUGAGCGAGCUGCGGCAGGCCACGGUGGCCAUGAUGAGCCGGAAAGACGAGCUGGAGGAGGAGAACAGGUCCCUGCGGAGCCUGCUGGACAGCGAGAUGGAGCACUCGGCCGCGCUGAGGCAGGAGGUGGACAGCCUGAAACGGAAGCUGGCCGAGCAGGAGGAGCGCCACGGUACCAAGGUCCAGGCGCUGGCGAGAGAAAACGAGGUGCUGAAAGUCCAGCUGAAGAAGUACGUGGGCGCCGUCCAGAUGCUGAAACGGGAAGGUCAGACCCCCGAAGUCACUCCCAGCCUCUGGAGCGUGGAUGGCGAGGUCCCGGUCUCGGAGCAGAAGCCGGGGGAAGUGGCCGAGGAGCUGGCCAGCUCCUACGAGAGGAAACUCAUUGAGGUGGCCGAGAUGCACGGGGAACUGAUGGAGUUCAGUGAGCGUCUGCACCGUGCGCUGCUGGCCAAGGAGGCCCUGGUGGCCCAGAUGCGGCAGGAGCUCAUCGACCUGCGGGGGCCCGUGCCCGGGGACCUCAGUCAGACGUCGGAAGACCAGAGCUUGUCGGAUUUUGAAAUAUCCAACCGCGCCCUCAUCAAUGUCUGGAUCCCGUCCGUGUUUCUCCGGGGCAAAGCGGCCAACGCGUUCCACGUGUACCAGGUCUACGUCCGCAUCCGGGACGACGAGUGGAACGUGUACCGGCGCUACGCCGAGUUCCGGGCACUGCACCACGGGCUGCAGAGCAAGUUCGCUCAGGUGCGGGCCUUCAGCUUCCCGCCCAAGAAGGCCAUCGGCAACAAGGAUGCCAAGUUCGUGGAGGAGCGCCGGAAGCUUCUACAGAGCUACCUACGCAGCGUCAUGAACAAGGUCAUCCAGAUGCUGCCCGAGUUCACCGCCAGCCCCAAGAAGGAGACGCUGGUCCAGCUCAUGCCCUUCUUCGUUGACGUGCACCCCCCUGGAGAGCCCCCGAACAAGGGCGGACGGCCCAGGCCUGCCUCACGCUUCUCCAAGCUGUCCCGCGGGCACCCCCGAGAGACACGCAGCGCUGAGCCCCAGAGUGGCGACCUCUGACCCCGACGGAUGCCCUGCAGCG